AUCACCCCUUAUUGAAUGUAAAAACAAAGUGCAGGCAGUGCAAAGCCUGCACAUAAAAAGUAUAUUUGUUUACCAAAAGUGAUCCAUUCAGUCCAGCAACGAUGCAGGAACACAUGGGCCGCAGGGAGAUCUCCGAGGAGCCACCGAUGAGCCGGUUGUUCGUGAUAUGUGGCCGGCAAAUCACGAAGGAACAGCUCAUGCAUCACUUCCAGGACGACGGCCAAAUUGAAGAGUGUGUUGUGAUUGUGGACAAGAAGACUGGCCAGGGCAAGGGUGUAGCGUAUGUUAAGUUUACGAAGACUUCCUCCGCGGCUAGGGGUCUUCGUAAGAAUGGAACCUACAUCGAAAACGAGACCCGCCCCAUCAAGGUGAUGAUAUCGGCCAGCUACCAAAAGAAGAAAGAAGACGGUGCACCGGAGGAGGUGAACGAAUACAAAUUCCGUCGUCUUUUUGCGGUGGUACCCAGUUCGAAAGAUGAGGAUUCUAUCAAGAAGGAAUUCUGUCGAUUCGGUUCCGUGACUCAGGUGCGGUUAGUUCCGGACAAAAAGAACCAAAGCCAAUGUGCGGCGUACAUUACGUUCACUUCGUUCCUGGAGACUGCGUUGGCCAUCGAGGGAUGUGACCCGAACUACAGGGCCAAGUUCUGUCUGCCUCGGGAAACCCUGAAUAAGGAAAAGGAAACCACUGGUGGAAAAUUUGAAUCGAGCAACGGCUCUAGCCGCAAGAGGACACAUUCUCCAGAAACUGGUCGCUCGGGAGUUGAUGUCAAACUGGUGGUGAUUUGCAGCAACAGUCUAAACCAGGACCGCUUGUGGAGAAUUUUUGAUAUUGCACCAGGCAUGAAGUACUGCAACAUAGUUACGCAAAAUGAUAUCAACAUAACUGCUUCCGUCGUCUACUCGAGCAAAGACGAAGCCCAGCGUGCCGUGGAUAAAAUCCAUGGACUCGAAUACCCAAUCGGAGAGCGAAUUAUCGUCCGAUACGAAAACGAAUUCCGAGAUGAAAUCAGUACCAAUGACGUCCUUUCCCAGCUCGGUCCUCCGAAGCCGAUUCUGAACGCACAGACGACUCAGUGCGCCAAGAAAGCGUUCUUCAUCUGCAUGCCCGAGGCCGUUUCGGUGAAACUGCUGCAGGAUGCCUUCUGUCGGUUUGGCGAUCUGAUCAAUGUAUAUUUGAUCCCCGGAAAGCGACAUGGGUAUGCAGCAUUUGCCAGCGAAGUUGCUGCCGAUCGGGCCAUCCAGCAACUGCACGGAAUUCAGCUGGGUGACUGUCGAUUGAAGGUUCUGGAAUGCAUGGAGCAGAACGAGACCAAAAAACGAAGGCCAAUGGAUGUCUAACCUCUAGAGGACUGUUCGGGUAAGAUUCGCUCUGUGAGCGACUGUUUGCUUUCCUGGGUAGAUGUGUUUUUACUUUCGUUUCAGGGUGGAUCCGAAGCAGGUGAAUCGACGGAGGAAUUCUUUUUCUCUUGUUCUGUAUUUUCUUUAUUUCAGCUGCUUCCAAAAUUUGCACCUUUCUAACAAGCAAUCCCAUUUCUGAUCUCUUGUCAUUUGCAGAAUAUUAACUUGAGAACGAUUGAAAAGGGAACGUACAUCGGAAGAGAAUUUUGAAACAUAUUUCAAGAAUAAUUUAGAUUUUGAACAGCAGGACACGCUAACUGGGAAAAUUGGUUCCUGUGAAAACUUAUCGUUUGGUAAAUCACUCAUUCAUACACUUCCUAUUUUACUUGAUAACUGAAAGUUAGAGAAACGAAGCAACAAACUACUACUAGUACUACAAAGGUGGUCAAUUCCACAACGGAAUGGAAAGCAUAACACUUCUAAUAAGAAUUCAGAUCGUAACUGGAAAUGAAACUUUACAAUCGAGAAUAAUGAAUCCUGAAGAAGAUUUUCGAAACCUAAGUUUUAACAUAAUCUUUACUAUUCCAUACACCAAUGGAUUUGAAUAAUUCAUAGCAACCUACUAUUUCGUACGUGAUCGUAGUGAAUGAAGAAUGCAUACUCAAGAAUUGAAACAAAUAAACUGAGAUAGAUG